AUGCGCCUCGCCCACCGGGUGCGCUCCCGCGCCCGCGUGAUCCUGGCCACGUGCCUGGCCCUGCUCUUCCUCCUCGCCGUGCUGCUGCCCUACGACAGCGCCGUCCGGCUCUCGGUGCGCUUCAACGCCGGCCGCGCGGCCGCGCGCAUCUGGGGCGCGGGCCCCGCCGACGCCGCCGCCGUGGUCGCGGCCCUGCCCGCCCCGCGCGAGCUCGACCUCGUCGAGGACGUCGCCGUCCUGCUCAAGUCCGGGUACGGCACCAGGCGCCGCAUCCAGCCGAGCCUGGCCGCGCUCGAGUCGGGCGUCGGCUGCCGCGACGUCGUCGUCGUCGCCGACUUUGAGCCCGCGCCCCUGGGCCUGCGCUACGAGUACCGCGGCGCCGACGUCCCCGUGCGCGACAUCCUCGCCCGCGUCCUGCUCGACGCCGGGCUCCGCUGGAUGGCCGCCACGCCCCGGUUCCGCAAGUACGCCGACAUGACGGCCGCCGUGGCGGCGGGGCGGCCGGAGCUGGCCGAGGAGCUGGGCAAGAGGGUCGGGUGGGAGCUCGAUGCGCUCAAGUUCAUCCCCGGCCUGGACCUGACGUACGAGCUGCUGCCCUCCAAGAAGUGGUAUCUCAUCCUCGACGACGACACGUACGUCAUCCGCCCUUCGCUCCGGCUCCUGCUGGAGCACCUGGACCCGGACGUGCCCCAGUACAUCGGCAACCCGGUCGGCGACUUCAAGGGCCGCUUCGCCCACGGCGGGUCCGCCGUCCUCAUCUCCCGCGCCGCCAUGCACCGGCUCUUCAGGCAGCACCCCAAGGCCGUCGCCGCCGCCUACCGGGAGGCCCUGACCGAGACCUGGGGCGACAAGCUCGUCGCCACGACGCUCAUCAAGGUCGGCGUCUACCUCGACGAGCGGUACGCCAGGCUCUUCAACGGCGAGCCGCCGCCCCUCACGCGCAUCCGGCCCGACCGCUUCUGCGCGCCCCUCGUGGGCUUCCACGGCCUGGCGGACCCGGCGCAGAUGCGCAACGCGACCGAGGUGCUCAAGGGCAUCGACGACGUCGUCCUCUGGAGCGACGUCUGGUCCAUCUUCGGGGGCCCGAACAUCAGCGCCGACGCGAAAGAAGAGCCCGCGACGAGGGAUGCCGACUAUGUCGGCCGGGUGGACGAGACUACCAAGGUGGUCAAGGGUGUCGGCGAGGCCGAGAAGUGCUCAGCGCGCUGCGCUUCGGAUCCCAAGUGUCUGGCCUGGACGUGGACUUCGGCCGACAGCGUGUGCAAGAUGGCGCCCUCGAUGAUCCUGGGCACCAAGAGCGAAGGAGGCUUCUCCGGUAUUAACGCGCCCAGGGCUCAACAGCUCUUGGGGAGGUGUCACAAGACGGCGUGA